GAGAGGAGGAAGGCGAGGAGCGGCGCCUCCCCGCGAUUCCCGCGUUAAUCCGCGCCCCGUCCCCGUUCCGCUCCGCGAUGCGAUGGGUUAGGCGAGCGGCCAGCGACAGCAGCAGCAGCAGCAGCGCAGCCGAGAGAGGAGCCGCCGAGCGAAGCAGCCACGAGGGGCGGCCGCGGCGGCAGGGCCUGGCCGAGGAGCGGUGUGGGUGGGGGCGGCGGAAUAAACGGCCGCUAGGGGCGGCGGCGGCGGCGGCAACAACGGCGGCGCGGUAGGGAAAAGCCUCCGGCUGGAACUGCGUUGCCCCUCGCUCCUUUCCAUGGACAGCGGGCUGGAAUUAUGAGCCGGCUGGAGCUGCUGGCGGCCGGGACUUGCCCUCCCCCGAAGGGUUUUCUCCUCGCUCUGCGCCUCAGGGCGCCCGCGGGGCUCCUCUCGCCUCGUCGCCGUCGCUCCAGCACGCGCCGCCGUCCCGCUCGGCUCGCUCCUCGGGAGGCGCGAGGGCCCCCACGGGGCCAGGCGACCCCCGCUCUGCCCACAAGCGAGGGACACCCGCGGAUAGCGUAGCCCCGACUCCCUCCUCGGCCACCCCGUCCUUCCUCCCCCUUCCCUUCCUUCCUUUCCUUUCCUUUCCUCCCCCCCCCCUCCCCGUCGUCUCGCUUUCUGGAUGUCGAGCGAGACCCUCCGCCGUGCGUGUCCCCGGAGAAGUUCCCUUCCCCUCUUCCCAAGCCUCCCGCGCCCCCCGACCGCUAUUGCCGCCCCCUCCCGCGCUCUCCUCCACGCCGCCGCCGAGCAGGUGAGAGGCUGGUGCGUGGCCGGGUGAGGAGGGGAGGGUGAGUCGCCGCUCCUCUCGCCUCGCCCCUCCGCCUUCACGGGCGACGGUCCCCCCCUCCCCUCCCCCCCGCCGGGCAUUAAUUAAGCUGCCCAUUGAUUAAAGGGUAUUGAUUUGUAUGUAUUUCACUCAGCGCCGUUGGCGGCGGCGGCGGCGGCGGCGGCGCCCGCUGCUUGUUCGGCGGCCUCCGCCUGAGUUAGCCCAGUAUUUCCCAAUUUAGAGUGUUGUCGCCGAAGCUCCCUCGACCAAAGAUGUCGGCUCCUCUUGGGCCCCGAGGCGGCCCUGCUCCCCCUCCGCCUCCGCCGCCUCCGCCCGAGAUGCCCGACCUCAGCCACCUCACGGAGGAAGAGAGGAAGAUCAUCCAAGCCGUCAUGGACCGCCAGAAGAAGGAAGAAGAGAAGGAGCAGUCCGUGCUGAAGGAUAAAGAAGAACAAAAACAACCAGUGACACAGUGGUUUCCCUUUAGUGGGUUCACUGAGCUGGUAAAUAACGUUCUUCAGCCACAGCAAAAACAACAAAAUGAGAAGGAGCCCCAGACGAAACUACACCAACAGUUCGAAAUGUAUAAAGAACAGGUGAAGAAAAUGGGUGAAGAAUCGCAGCAGCAGCAACAGCAGCAGCAGCAGCAGCAACAGAAGGGCGAUGCUCCUACCUGUGGCAUUUGUCACAAAACAAAAUUUGCUGAUGGCUGUGGCCAUAACUGUUCAUAUUGCCAAACUAAAUUUUGUGCACGUUGUGGAGGACGAGUAUCUUUACGUUCAAACAAGGUAAUGUGGGUGUGUAAUUCAUGUCGAAAGCAACAAGAAAUCCUUACAAAAUCUGGAGCAUGGUUUUAUAAUAGUGGAACUAACACCCCACAGAAGUCUGAUCAAGAGGGUUUUAGAGGACUGCAGAAUGAAAAAGCACCUCAGGACAAAAAAACAAAGCUGCAAGAACAGUCAGCCUUGGAACGAAGUAGAUCUCAAGGGAUUACAAGGCAAGAGUCCAUAAACGGUUCAGGAGGAAAGGUGGUGGGUGACACAGUAGACAGAAAAAGAAGCCCAUCAAUACCCAGAGAUCAGAACAGAAGUUUCAAUCAGCUGGAGGAGAGAGACGACUAUUCACAGUAUGCAACAUCAGAUGCUGCAAUGCCAAGAUCACCAUCAGAUUAUACAGACAGACAUUCACAACAUGGGUUGCAACAAUAUGAAGAACCUGAAAUGGAUGACUAUAGGGAUUCUAGCAGGAGAAAUCGCAGACGUUCAAGGGAAUAUCCUUUAGAGGAAGAUGACAUGCAAAAUAGAGGGGAAUAUGAAAGGCAGCGGAGGGAAGAAGAAUAUCAAGCACGAUAUCGAAGUGAUCCUAAUUUGGCUCGUUAUCCUGUCAAACCCCAACCAUAUGAAGAGCAAAUGCGCAUUCAUGCUGAAGUCUCGCGUGCACGUCAUGAAAGAAGGCACAGUGAUGUGUCUUUGGCCAAUACUGAAUUGGAAGAUUCCCGGAUUUCGAUGAUGAGAAUGGACCGACCAUCAAGGCAAAGGUCUGCCUCUGAACGCAGAGCUGCCAUGGACCAACGUUCGUAUUCAAUGGAAAGGACUCAGGGACUAAGUCCCAAUAGGCAGAGAACCGCAAAUCACAGUCCUCCAACACCUAGGAGGAGUCCAAUACCUUUUGAUAGACCAGAUAUGAGGAGAACUGAUCCAUUAAGAAAACAGCAUCAUUUAGACCCAAGCUCAGCGGUACGGAAGACAAAACGUGAAAAAAUGGAAACCAUGUUAAGAAAUGAUUCGUUGAGUUCAGAUCAGUCUGAAUCAGUUAGGCCUCCACCACCAAAGCCUCAUAAAACAAAAAAAGGAGGUAAAAUGCGUCAGGUGUCAUUGAGCAGCUCUGAAGAAGAGUUGGCUUCUACACCAGAAUAUACAAGCUGUGAUGAUGUAGAAAUUGAAAGUGAAAGUGUUAGUGAAAAAGGGGACAGUCAAAGGGGAAAAAGAAAAACUAGUGAGCAGGCAGUUUUGUCGGACUCUAACAUCUUAUCUGAAAGACAAAAGAAAAUGGUGUGUUUUGGUGGCCAGUCUUUGGAAGAGGACUUGGAAUGGUCUGAACCUCAGAUUAAGGACUCUGGGGUAGACACUUGUAGUAGCACAACUCUAAAUGAGGAACAUAGCCAUAGUGAAAAGCAUCCUGUAACCUGGCAGCCAUCCAAAGAUGGAGAUGGCUUAAUUGGCCGAAUUUUGUUAAAUAAGCGCCUAAAAGAUGGAAGCGUGCCUAGAGAUUCAGGAGCAAUGCUUGGACUUAAGGUAGUUGGAGGAAAGAUGACUGAAUCAGGUCGACUAUGUGCAUUUAUCACCAAAGUAAAAAAAGGAAGUUUAGCUGACACAGUUGGACAUCUUAGGCCAGGUGAUGAAGUAUUAGAAUGGAAUGGAAGGCUUUUGCAAGGAGCCACUUUUGAAGAAGUGUAUAAUAUCAUUCUUGAAUCCAAACCAGAGCCACAAGUAGAACUUGUAGUUUCAAGGCCAAUUGGGGAUAUUCCCAGAAUACCUGACAGUACGCAUGCACAGUUGGAGUCCAGUUCUAGUUCAUUUGAAUCUCAGAAAAUGGAUCGGCCUUCCAUAUCAGUCACUUCUCCCAUGAGUCCUGGCAUGUUGAGAGAUGUUCCACAGUUUUUAUCUGGACAACUUUCAAGCCAAAGCCUUAGUAGAAGAACAGCGCCUUUUGUUCCUAGGGUUCAGAUAAAGUUGUGGUAUGACAAAGUUGGCCAUCAAUUAAUAGUCACAAUAUUGGGAGCAAAAGAUCUUCCUUCAAGAGAAGAUGGGAGACCAAGGAAUCCCUAUGUUAAGAUUUACUUUCUUCCUGACAGAAGUGAUAAAAAUAAAAGAAGAACAAAAACAGUAAAAAAAACAUUGGAGCCCAAGUGGAACCAAACAUUUAUUUAUUCUCCAGUUCAUCGGAGAGAAUUUCGAGAGCGAAUGUUGGAAAUUACUCUUUGGGACCAAGCUCGUGUUCGUGAGGAAGAAAGUGAAUUUUUAGGAGAGAUUCUUAUUGAAUUAGAGACAGCGUUGCUGGAUGAUGAGCCUCAUUGGUACAAACUUCAGACUCAUGAUAUGUCCUCAUUGCCACUUCCCCAUCCUUCCCCAUAUUUGCCACGCCGACAGCUUCAUGGGGAUAGCCCUACACGAAGGUUGCAAAAUAAAGGCUCAUAUUCAUAUAAUCCAGGAUCCAAAAGAAUAAGUGAUAGUGAAAUCUCGGAUUAUGAUUGUGAUGAUGGAAUAGGAGUAGUGUCAGAUUACAGACAUAAUGGAAGAGAUCUUCAAAGUUCAACAUUAUCAGUGCCAGAACAAGUGAUGUCAUCCAAUCAUUGCUCUCGAUCAGGCUCUCCUCACCGUAGUGACAGUAUAGGAAGAACUAGAUCAUGGUCUCCCAGUGUUCCUCCAUUACAAAGGAAUGUGGAACAUGGGUCUCGCGGGACCCGAUCUACUCCUGCACAUUACAAUACCAUGAAUCGAAUGGAUAGACAUCGAAUAAUGGAUGACCACAACUGUCCAGACAGAGAGAGUCAUUAUCUCACUCUGCCUUGGUCCCAUCACACUCAAUCCAUUGACUACCAUCAUAGAGAUGCCAGCAAGGAUCACUCAUUGUAUCCUAACUUUUGUGAAGAUGCAAUCAGAUUACUUCGAUCGCAUAGGAUGUGCCGUACCUAUUCUGAGGGUGCUUACUAUGAGUUUGAGAGGAGGAAUAGGAAGGAGGGAAGAGAGCCUAAUGCAUAUGUCGAUGACACGUUUAUUUCCCCUGCUCUCGAAAGGUAUUACAAUGGUGCAAGUUCAUGGGCAGAUCAUGUAGUCAAUGGUACAGCUGAAAAUCACAGGAAUUGGGAACCUAGACUACCAUAUCAAAGAUCCAGAUCAACAGAACAGCGUCCAGUGCUAGAGCGGCCCAGCCCCCGCUCCCGAUCCACUGAGCGUCCUGAGUCAAACCUCAUGAGAUCGAUGCCUUCAUUAAUGACUGGAAGAUCUGCCCCUCCCUCACCUGCAUUAUCGAGGUCACAUGCUCAUUCGGGAUCAGUCCAAACAAGCCCAUCAAGUACUCCGGUGGCAGGACGCAGGGGUAGACAGUUGCCACAACUCCCCCCAAAAGGGACCCUGGAGAGAAGUACUCUGGAUAUUGAAGAGAGAAAUCGUCAAAUGAAAGUGAACAAGUACAAACAUGUAGCAGGAUCAGAUUCCAGGCUGGAGCAAGAUUAUCAUUCCAAGUAUCGUCCCGGGCGGGACCCUCAACGAGGCUCUGAUAAUGUCUCCAACAAGUCUUCGGACAGUGAUGUCAGUGAUGUAUCAGCAGUCUCGAGAACCAGUAGUGCAUCCCGUUUUAGCAGCACUAGUUAUAUGUCUGUGCAAUCAGAACGGCCAAGAGGAAACAAGAAAAUUAGUGUUUUCACAUCUAAAAUGCAAAGCAGACAGAUUGGCGCUUCAGGACAGAACAUAACUAAAAGCACCAGCAUCAGUGGGGAUAUGUAUACACUAGAGAAGAAUGAUGGCAGCCAAUCUGACACGGCGGUGGGCACUGUGGGUGCAAGUGGCAAAAAACGGCGAUCCAGUAUUGGUGCAAAAAUGGUAGCUAUCGUGGGACUUUCACGGAAAAGCAGGAGCACCUCACAACUCAGCCAAACUGAAGCAGGUGGUAAAAAAUUGAAGAGUACAGUACAGAGAAGCACAGAAACUGGGUUGGCUGUGGAGAUGAGAAAUUGGAUGACACGUCAGGCCAGCAGGGAGUCUACAGAUGGCAGCAUGAACAGUUAUAGCUCAGAGGGAAAUUUGAUCUUUCCUGGUGUGCGGUUGGCAGCAGAUAGCCAAUUCAGUGAUUUUCUGGAUGGACUCGGCCCUGCACAGCUUGUUGGACGCCAGACCCUGGCUACUCCAGCAAUGGGUGAUAUCCAAGUUGGAAUGAUGGACAAAAAGGGACAAUUGGAGGUAGAAAUAAUAAGAGCACGAGGCCUUGUUGUAAAACCAGGUUCAAAGACACUGCCAGCACCAUAUGUAAAGGUGUAUCUAUUAGAAAAUGGAGUCUGUAUAGCCAAAAAGAAAACAAAAGUGGCAAGAAAAACGCUGGAACCUCUUUACCAGCAGCUGUUGUCAUUUGAAGAGAACCCUCAUGGGAAAGUUUUACAGAUUAUUGUCUGGGGAGACUAUGGGCGUAUGGAUCAUAAAUCCUUUAUGGGAGUGGCACAGAUACUUUUAGAAGAACUGGACCUGUCCAAUAUGGUGAUUGGCUGGUUUAAACUAUUUCCUCCUUCGUCCCUAGUAGAUCCAACUUUGGCCCCUCUUACAAGAAGGGCUUCCCAAUCAUCGCUCGAAAGUUCAACAGGACCGUCGUACGCUCGCUCAUAGCAGCUGUGAACUUUUUCAUAGCAACCAGCGUUACAAAAAAAAAAUAUUUAACAGGUCGCAAGCUCUGGUAACACUGCAUGCUUAAUGUUGCGUCUUUGGAGCCUGUUUCUAGGGCUAGAAAGCGAUCCUGUAUUCUCAGAGGAAGUUGCACACAUUGUGCUCUAAAGGAAGCCCUCAGGUGAAGGAGUGGAACUGGAAGAACUGAAUGGUUUGGAGUUCAGUGACACUCAACUUUUAAUCCAAUUUGAAGCCAUGGAUUAAACUAAAGAAUCAAGUUGUCUCAUGCAACAAGAAUCCCUUCAACGGCACGUCUAUUUUCUUGUUCCCUUUUCUUUACUGGCCCUUUUCUGCCCGCACCCACCCAAGCCUGGUUAUGCCACAGAAAUAUGGAGCUACCCAAAGAAGUCGUGCUAGAAGAAAAAAGAAAAGUGAGCUGUCAUUGCAUUCAUUAACAGCAGAGGAAACUUGCCUUAUCAGAAAGCUUGAAGACAGAGUGGCAGGCUUUGUAACUCCGGCUACUAAUGGAAUCAAAUCCAGCGUGGACUAAGUGAAAAAGUAAAAUUCUGUGGCUAUACUGUACUGUAUGAAUUAAAGACACUUUUUUGCAUGGACACAGAUUAUGCUGAACAUUUAAAAUUAUUUUCUUGGGGCUGCAACUUGCAAAAAAAAAAAAAAAGAAUAAAUCAGCCAUUUUCAACAAUUUAUAUUAUUUUUAAAAAUAAAUUUCACUAGUGCAUGGUUUUAAAAGGGAGAGAAUGCAACAAGGUGAUAGACACACCAAGUUAUCAUUCUUUAAACCAAUCAUGGUCUGUGUUUUUGCAGACAACAAUGAAAAAUUAAUAAUUUCUAGCAAAUACUCAAAUUAUGUUUAUGUGACAAGAAAUAAAUGUAAUAUAUUAAAUUUAUUUAAAUGUAAAAGGUACAAGCCUUGUAAAGUUCAAAAUAUGUGCAAAUUGUACACUUCUUUCCCUUCUUGUUUCCCCCAUCCUCCUUUUGCCCUCUCGUUGCUGUCCUGGCUCCCAGGAUGAUCAUUAUCCUUCGAAAUUGCUACUUUUUGACUUACUACUCUCAAGCUCCCUAUUUGAUUCAGGGAUACAGACUGAUUCUGCAUUUCUGAAAUCUUUGAGAAAAAAAUUGUUUAGGAACUUUUUUCAAGCAUGUUGAAAAGAAUUUUGCAACAUGGCUUGGGGAGUACAUUACAAUAAUUCAGCAUGUAUUUGAUAACAAAUUGAACUUUUUGCUGUUUAUUGUACAGUGCAUGAAAAACUUUUCCCUCUCCACCUUCAAAUUGAAUUCUACAGCAAAAUACUGGAAUCAUGUGGCCAUUUGUAAAACGUCUUCAAUAAAUUUGUUUUCAGCACCAGCAUCAUUCAUUCAAAGGUUGAACUAUCAUUUCUAGAUAAAGAAAUAUCAGAACAGUCUUGGUAAAUAUCAGCAUCUAAUCACUUCCAUUGAGCCAAAUAAAUUGCUACCUAUUAAACUCUUCUGUUCAGUUUUCAUAAACUGGGAUGGGAAAAAUCAGUGAAUAUGAACUUGACAUUCAAGUCAUAACUUGAGCUGCAGUCCUGUAUCUACUUAGUCUUUCUAUUAAUGGGAAUUACAUGCCCAAAGAGAUUGCAGGUUUUUUUAAAUUCUUAAACGCCUUAAACAAAGUACAUAACAUUUAUUAAUUUUGACACCCGUCACCACUAACCUAAAAUGCACAUGUUGCAGGUAUUUGAAGCAACAAACACCUGUUUCCGAUAUCAGGUAAUUUAGGGUAACUGGAAAUGUGGAUAAUUUUAAGUCCAGAUCUCAUUUUUUCCUGAUAAAAAGAUAUGUAACUUGUUCAUGUUGAAGUGUAUCAUCCUUUUUUCCCCUGUAUCUUUAGAUGCCUUACAGACCUAUUGUUUAAUGAUGAGGCAUUGCAAUAAUAUUUUAAUAUGUGCAACUAUUAAUUUAAGGCCAUACUCAUGAAUAUUUUACUUUUGUAUUUACAUAUCCCUGUAUGUACAUGAAUUAUACGAGGGCAAAAGGAAAAAUGGGUAUACUGCCAUUUCUUUUAUAUGGUUCAAUUUUAAAACAGAACAGAAUUCCUUCAAGGUUUGCCCAUGUUCCAUGCAUGAGUACCAUUGAAUGUGAAUGGAAUUAAUACAGUCAAAAUGCUUGGUGAAUUGUACCCUUGCAGUGAUCUCAAACAGCACCUGCACCCCAAAGGGAAUUCUUGUUGACAGGAGUUCUGUUUACGUACUAAACCCUUUUGCAUUCAUAAAAGAAUUACCUAGAUAAGAAGGAUAAUUGAUCUUUUACAAGAUUAUGUAUAGAUUAAUGACGAUCGGUUAAAAACAUAUUGACUGAAAUAAUUUAAUCACCUGUGUAUGAGCAAUCAAUGAAUAUUAACACAUGCAUUAAUCCCUAAAAAUAAAAAAAAACAUUUUUAAAGCAUACGACUCUUUUCCUGAUACUGUGAUAUGCAGUGGGUGCACACUUUAUGCAUAUUCCUAUAAAAAUAUUUCUAAUUCAGAUGAGGACAUGACAAUAUGGAAAGUGUGUACGUAACUGGUCAUUAUGCAGUAUUUAUUUUUGAUUGUAUUUUUUUUAAUAUUCACAUGUCUGCAACUCUACUUAUAAUUUAGUCAUGUAAAUAGCAUACUUCCAGUGACCACAGCUGUCUUGUACAUAGUCUGUUUUAAAAGUAACUGGAAUCAAGGUUGGGAGAGAAAAGGCAGACUAGGCCUUUUGAUGAACACCAAUCAAUGUAAAUCAAACUCAUUCUGGUGAUGGUAUUUAAGACUUUAAAUAAAACAUGUUUCUUUAGAGAA